GAGUGUUUCAUUGCUUCGUCUUGUGAUCUUUAUAGCAUAAAGUUGGUUUAAAUCCUCUUAACAAUUUGUUUUUUUUUUCUCUUCCUAUCUCUUUCAUAAACUGCAACAUAAUGUCGAAAACAGAAAAGUUAUGGGUCGUAUCAGAUACUACCAUUACUAGCAAGUUUGGACAUCGUCCUCCUUCUACCUAUUCCAUGAAGAUCCAAAGCCUCUCUCAGCUCAAGACUCUCUUCUCCGGUACUGACGGAUACAAAUCCCGUACCUUCUCUUCCGGCAAAUAUAACUGGAAGUUGGUUGUAUAUCCCGAAGGAAACGAAAAAGACAACGGGACAGGGUUUGUUUCAAUGUACGUUGAAUUAGAUAGCGAAAGCGUCUCGUCCACUAUCUUGGCAUAUCUCACCUUUUUCAUCUACAACAAGAAAGAAAACAAAUACUUUACUAUUCAAGACGAUGAAGAGAAGCAGUUCAAUGCAUUAAGACUGGUGCAUGGGUUUCCGCAAGUACUUCCGCUAGAUACGUUCAACGAUCCUAAAAACGGAUACGUCUUUGAUGGAGAUUCAGUGUGAGACUGUGAGUUUGGCGUCGAUGUGAUGGUUCCACUUACCAAUUGGGAAGUUGUCUCCAUUACUCAGGAAUACUCUAAAACAAAAUUCUGUUGGACGCUCAAAGAAUUCUCUGAGUUGAAAGAGCAUUGCUACGUAUCAAGCAAGAUCUUAGUGGGAGGAAGGAAUUGGGUGCUGAAGCUGUAUCCUAAGGGUCUAAACGCUACAUAUUCCGCAUGGUUGUCCCUCUUUCUGCAUAUAGCCGAUGAUGAAACAGUGAAGACAGGUGAGGAGACUUACGUGCAGUGUGAAAUGCGAAUUCUCGACCCGUUUGGAUGCGACCACUUGACUAGGACGAUUAAUCAAAAGCUCAGCAACUCCACCCCAAAUUUGGGCUGGCAUAAAUUGGUGUUGUUGGCUAAUCUUGAGAAGGUUUACUUGGACAAACUAGGUUCUUUGGAAGUACAGAUACAAUUUAAAGCUGUUUCGUCCACCAAAUAUUCAUGAAGAUCUAGUUUCCAUUGAUUAGUUAUUUACUUAUUUAAGUU